GACUACACUGAGAACAUGAAGUUCUCUGUUACACAUGUUUUAUUACGCUUAACCAAUAAAGCGUCCUUGUAUUUUAAAACACGCGUAUCCGGCAGAUUUACGCGUCUUUAGUUGAACAGUCGGUGUUGCUGUCGUCGUCUUUGCGCUGGACUAUGGAUCUGUCUGAUGUUGAGCGGUGCUGCUGUGUGGUAACUCUCUCCAAAGCAUUUUCUGCUAAAAAGUCUGUCAGUUGCAGCGGUGUCAUUGUCCACCCUGAGUCUGGAACUAUUCUCUGCACGGGUCUCCCUUUCUCUCGCUUCACUGCCAACAAAAAGUCUCUAAACACGAAUGGACGUGUUUUACCAGCGCGUCGAUUUAGCAAGAAGCUUAGAAUUAGUGUCACCUUAUCUGCACAACUCUGUAUGAACCAAUGCGCGCAAACAAACUUCACCAAAAACCUCUCUGGAACAGGCCAACUCCAAACCGAAGCUAAUCUACUUAUGUUAGUGAACUGCUUAGAAUUCAGACAAGCUUUCCAGGCUGUUUUCCCCGAGUCUCACCAAUGGCGCUUCUACGGGGAUGAAGAUGAGGAUGAGUUGCUGAAAGAUGCCCAGUUUCUAAGCUGGUUCGCCGUAUUGAAAGCCAAAGAUUUACGCACCACCGACCCCUACCCACACCUCAUCCCGUGGCAAGACAGCACGUCUCUCCUCAAGGGCUGCCCCGUUUUGGCUUGUGGGACCCCUUUCGGAUCCCUCUGCGUAGAUCUGUUCACCAGUACGCUCAGUAGAGGCAUUAUAAGUAAUCUUACGGGACAAGAGAACGCUAUUAUCCUUACGGACGCGCGCUGCUUACCUGGUACAGAAGGUGGCGGGUUGUUCGCGCUCCAAAGCCCAGAGAAAGUGCGUCUUGUUGGGGUUGUUGUGUCUCCUUUUGGGUGGAAGGCUAACGAAUGGAUAGGGCUUUCGUUGGUUUGUUCAGUUCAUCAAAUUUUCAAAAAUAUAUUGCGAUUUACAAACCCAGAAAAUCCACUGCAAGAUAUAGUCCUAAGGGAGAAAGAGCGCAUGGGGGCCGUGGCGAGUGGGUGUGGCUCGGUGCAGUAUCCCACAGUGUGCCUGGUGGACGGUGGACAGUUUUGGGGGUCAGGUGUGCUGGUUUCGGCACAGCUGGCUCUUACCUGUCGCCAUGUGGUCAAUAGGAAGUCUAUGGUCAUGCUCAAGUUUCAUCAGGAAGACAGGUUCACAGAUGUGGUUGGUGAUGUCCUGUUCUCCACUCAGGAGAGCUCACCCUUUGACCUGGCUGUGGUGAGGCCCAGGAACAGUGUCAGUCAGGCCGUACUUCCCCAGAUGUCCCAUAAGUUUCAUGCAGGUGAGCCUGUCCUUGUGGUAGGAUACGGCGCGAUAGGUCGAAGCUGUGGCCCUUCGUUCACCUCCGGAGUCUUGUCAAAAUCCAUCCUUGCCAAAGAGCAGCAGCCCGUCAUGCUCCAAACCACAUGUGCAGUACAAGCCGGGACCAGUGGGGGCGCUGUAAUACGGCCGCACUCUGGAGAGCUACUGGGUAUAGUCUCCAGUAACACCAAGGACUUUGCGACCAAUGUGACGUAUCCUCACCUGAACUUCAGCAUCCCGGUGACAGUGUUUGAGGAGAUGGUUCAGAUGUUCCACCAAACCCAGGAUGUGAGCGUGUUUAAAGGGCUGGACUCAGUAGAUGUAGAUGUGAGGAGGGUCUGGAGGCUGCAGGUGCCUUCAAGCCAACUCUAACUAUACAAAUGUGAAUGUAUGUGCAGUAUGUAUGUCUGUAUGUUCAAAUGAAACUGAAGGGCUCAUGAAUUAUAAUUUAUACUAAUUCAAAGAUGCGUUAACCAAACCUUUUAAUGGGUUUUUUUCAUGGAGAAUUUUAAAGCAACACUGUGUAACUUUCUGGAGGUGGCACGUCCAUGGAAAUCGGGCAUUAAAGCCAUCCUUUGGAAAUGCUCCAUGGAAAUCUGUACAUUUUAUGCCACUGAUUAUUGUUGCCAGUGUUAUAAUAGAGCCAAAAGAACAUUUCCAUGGAGACAAGCUGAAGGAGGCCCUCAUUUAGGCCAAAUAAGAGUCAGGUUUGUGGAGAUGCAAGACCGCACAUAGUAAGGAGGCAGGUGCAAUAAAAAUGAAAAAAAGCACUUUAUUUUUUAGUAGAUUAUUUGCCUUUAAAGUUACACGGUGGGGCUUUAAUAAAACUCAGAAAUUUUCAUAGUAACAAAUUAUUUUUAUGGGUCAUUAUUUUUAUAGAACACAUACAUUUAUUUGUCAUUACUACUAUGGAACAAGACUUGCAACUUUAAAGGUCUUAUAUUAUUCAUUAUUGACAUCUUGUGAUAUUUAAGACAAAUUAUUCAAACGGUUUAAGUGAAAGUGUGUGAAGUUUAAAAACACAGUGAGGCACUUCUUGUAUUACAACAUGACAUCACAAGGUGGAAUAGAAAGUUUUCUGUGUUAGAGAAAAACUUAGCCUAAAUAUGCAGGGUUUGUGUGUUAAAUGUGUGAAGGAAAUAAAACACAACUCCAUGUAUGUUUUUGAUGAAGAAACAAGAUUAUAAUGUCGAAAUAUUGACCCUUGAAGUGUUGAUAAGCUGUGUAAACCAACCAAGUGAUUUGACAUACAACUUCUACUGUUUUGUUUUCCAAUUAACCUGUUAUGCUCAGAAAAUGCAAGUAACCAAUAAUUUAAUACUACUGAUACAAGUGCCUCAUUUAAUCCAGCGUUAUACCAUUGAUCCUGUUCUUCUGGUUAUACCCACACAACCUCAGCUGGAAAAUAGACUUUUAUAUAAUUUUUUUAUUUACUUUUUAACAUUCAGUGCUAAGAAACAGCAUAUUCUUUUAGCUACUGAUCUACUCAAGUUAGAGUCAGAAUGUAUUUGUAAUUUCAGUAUAAAAAAUACACAGAAACAAAACACUGUACUCAGGUCCAGGUCAUCAGCAGUAUACAAAACAGUGUAAUAAAUCUUUUAAAAUAUUGUAUGUCAAGUGCAGUCUUUAAAAGUAAUUUGCACAACUUUUCUGGUAGACGAUACGCUACCUACUUGUCACCAUGGAGAUGUUAUUUCUUUGCCUGGAAUGUUCCGCAGUAUGACAUUAAACAUUUUCAUCUAGCAUAGAUGUUUCUAUUGCUCAGAAAUACAGUAAUUCCUUCUGUGAAUAGGGGUGACUCUCCACAGAUUUGAACUGUAAUGUAGCAUAGUGCUGUAACCUGCUUGUCUCCCUUGCAAUAGAUUUAAUACAUACUGUGGAACAUUCUAGACAAAGGAUUAAAAUCUUGGAGACAAAGAGGCGUGGACCCUCUGCUAAAAAUGUUACGCAGUGAACCUGUAAGUGCUAUUUUGUAAGGUGCAUUAAUGUCAGGGCUAUAUUCUGUUAGGUCUAUAUGUCUAUCCAAUAAUGUGAAUAAAAACACUUCGCAAAACGUG